UUCUCUCUUUCCUUUGUUUUCUGUUUCUUUCUCUCUCUUGUUUCUCUCUCUCUCUCUCUCUCUCUCUUGCUCUCUGCGUGUUUGUGUUGUGUUGUGUUGUGUCCUGUUCUGGCUGUGAAGGAAGGCAAGCAAGGGAAGAGAAGCUGGGAAGGAGGGUGACUGGGUGCCUUUUUUUUUUUUUUUGUUCUUUUGGUGGGGUGGGUUUCUCCGGCAUUGAUUCAAUUGCCUGAGCUGCCAGAUCGGUGAGCUAAGCUUCACACAAUUACUUGACUUCACCUAAUUCUUCCCAUUUUGCUCCUUAAUUCACUCCAUAUUUUGACCAGAAAGAAAAACCAGCCCUGAGAGAAGAGAGAGAAGUUGUUAAUUCCUUGUUUGCUUGCAUUCCUUCCCUCAACCCCAGAAUUUAAUCCAUCCUCUUAACUCCCCCUGGGAGAUUUGAUUCCCUUUGGGAGAUUUGUUCUUGCUUUCUUACCUCCCUUCCUCUCCAUAUAAUCUUUGUCCCAUUUACAGUGAAUUAAUUUCACCUGAUUUGUGGAAUCUUAUCUCCCUUCCCCCACAUGUUUUAAUUGUGCUUCCCCAAUUUGCUGCUCAUAGUUUUGGAAACAAUAGCUCAAAUAAUUUCCCCCAAUCUCCCCGACUUUAAAUUAUUUUUCCUCUAGCUGGAUUCUCAGUUGUUGGCAGAUAUCUGGUACAGGUGAUAAUUUGUAUGCAUUUAUUUGGUAGUGGGACUGGAAGGGCUGAGAGAGAGAGGGCUUUCUGAUGCUGUCUUUCCCACCUGGGUUGUGUGAAUUUUACAACUUUGGAUUCCAAUGCUUAUUUCUGUUGGCUGUUAAGGCUCGGAGAGGUGUGAAAUUUGGGAUUUUUGAGAGGUUUUUGGCAAAUGGGGGUGAAUUCCGACAAGAGGGUUUCCGGCAUUGAAUAGGGUUCUUUUCCGAGAUCCCGCCGGGCUUCCUGGGGCUCCCCGCCCCCCUAUUUGACCCCGAUCAGAACUCACCGGGGUCGUAACUAGUAGCGAGUGGGGAAGGAUUAGACUUUUAGGAGUGUGUGUAUGAAUUCUCUGUGGGACUUCGAAGAUGGGUUCUCAAUUCCACAAGAUUCGACUGAAGUCCAUAUCGGAGGUGCCUAUUGGUUGCCUGUGACUCCUGCCAAGCCUGCCCCGCCGAGAUCUCAUGCCACCCCCAUCCAUCAGACCGAAAGCCCGCUGGGCAAGCCAAAUUGGCCGGAGUUUGCUCUCCCUUCCAAUGGUUACCUCCAUGAGAUUCCAAAUUGCAGCACCAAUCCAGUGCAGGUCUCUAACCAGUGCCAGAAACCACCCCAGACUGAAGAAUUCUUUGGGCUCGAUUUCGAUUACGUUGAGAGAAACCAGACGACCAAUCAAACUGUUGGGCCCUAUACCCAAGCUCUGAGCAUCGGUAGUCCAGCUUUUGGCUCUGGUUCAUUAUCAGAUAUCUUGGCUUCUGGGGACGCGGCUUUUAUUCCAUCAGUGGAAGAGAGCCUGACCAGAAGCUUUGGGGUGGAAAAUGAAGCUUUAGACCUCAAUUUCCCGGCAGUCCCCAGUGGCUGGAGCAACCUCAACGCGGGGAGCAUACUGCCUGCCACCGAGAAUACAUUCAGCAAGGAUCAACUGACCACAGAUUGCCAAUAUGCGACCCCCACAUCUUCUCAAGCGAUGUACGAUCUCAACUCGACGCCAAGAAGAGAAGUUGAAAGCAAUCAUGCAUCAGGGAUUGCAAACCCAAUUCAACUUGCACCAAUAACACCAGAUCAGGCUCGCUCAGGAAACCCCCAGCUUCCCGUACUUAAUUUCUUGGCGGACGAGAGCGUUAAUCAGGAAAAGAGAAAUGGAAUAGAGAAGUCGGUGUCUUUCACAGGGAUCGAAGCUGCCAACCCCAAUAGUGAUGAGUUGUUACAGAACAUUGUUGACUCUUUCAAGCAAAAGGAGGGGACCCAGAAUGGAACCGACGAAGGGAUUGAUUUGAACAGGACGCCACAGCAGAGAACACCCAAGAGGAAGAAGCACAGGCCAAAGGUCAUCAGAGAAGGGAAGGCCAAGAGGGCCAAAACUUCUCAGACUCCUGAGAAGCCUAAUAGCGCGUCCGGGAACCCGUCAGGGAAGAGGAAGUACGUCCGGAAGAAGGGCUUGAACGGAACACCGGUGGCUCCACAGGCAGAAGAUGCGAGGGAAACAGGACCAGCUAAACAAGGCAAUUUCAUGAAAUCAGCGAGAAGGGCUUUGAACUUCGACUUGGAGGAGGCAGUAGCAGAGGCAAGAACAGUGGCUGGGCGAGAACAGAGGACGAAGCAAGCUGAUACAGCAGAGGCAGUCAACUUAGUUUUGAGAACUCAAACAACAGAACCGUCCACAAGGGCCAACUUUUUGCUUGGUACGACUGGAACAUCAGUUCUAGAGGUUGCUCAACAGAAUAGGUUGCCCACACAAUAUCGACAAGGAAGCAUGCACGGUAUUGCUUCCGCCUCCACUGGCCGCAGCUCUGCUCCAUCUUUCCCUUUCCCUCAACUGCAGGCAGCUAUUCAACAACGAACUGCAACAAAUCACAGACAACUUGGAGGAGAUGUAACAUUCGCCUCGGCACAUUCGGAAAGGGCCCUUGGAGUAGGUGUAGGUUGCUCCAAUAGUUUCCUCGAGCAGAUCUCACCGACACAGCAGCAUAUCAAUAAAACAGGAGUAAGACAGUCUAUGUUUCACCCAAAAUCCAAUAUCCAGAACCUCACAAACUCGAGGCAAGUUUUCCUAAACAGGUUCUCUCAAGCAGCCUCGAAUGUGACAAGGGACCGGGGUCUUCUAAAUGGGCAAACACCUCAGUCCAUCAGUACGGUAGCCAUGUGGCAGCACAUUGUUUCAACCCUUUCUGAGGCCCAAAGGAAGACGAAUGCCGAGAGAAUAUCUCGUGUGUCGCCAAUAGUUGAAGAUUCGAGACAGAACCACAUGAGAGGCCCGCACAGUGACAUUACGAGCACAACAUUGACAGCACAAAGGAAUCAUGAGAUUUCGAGAUCUUAUGCUGCUGAUGAGUUUAACCAACUUUUGAGAAAUGGUUAUCUUCAGUCUGUGGCUUUGCGCCAGCAACAAGCUUUGUUUGAGCAGCAGGUUCAUUCAAUAAGGAGGGAAGAAAGUGGCAUCCUGAGUCAGAUGAAUCGAGGAGGCUCGAUAGUAGUCGAGAAUCAUCCUCAUCGACAACUAAUACGAUCAGCGCCAGAUAUACCUGGAAACAAGCAGAACAACACAAGUAUUUCAGCAAUGAUGAGUCCAGUACAAACUAAAUUGAAAACAAUUAAAUCCAAAAGGAAUGCACCACGAUCUCCUGCUGAAAGAAGAGGAUCCACGACUGCAAUGAAAGAGACAGGCCUCACUACGAUUGACGAGAUCAUCCACCGACUAAGUAAUCUUCAUCUUGGAGGAGAAGAGGGUGCAAUUGUCCCAUAUAGAGGAGAUGGCACUAUCGUUCCUUUUGAAGGGAAGAAACGCAAACCAAGGCCCAAAGUGGACCUUGACCCAGAAACAAACAGGAUAUGGAAUCUUUUAAUGGGCAAGGAAAAAAGUCAAGGGCUGGAAGAAAAUAAUCAGGAAAAGGAGAAAUGGUGGGAGAAUGAGCGAGAAGUGUUCCGGGGACGAGCUAAUUCAUUUAUUGCAAGAAUGCAUCUUGUUCAAGGAGACAGACGUUUCUCCCGAUGGAAAGGAUCUGUUGUUGACUCGGUGAUUGGAGUUUUCCUGACUCAGAAUGUGUCAGACCAUCUCUCCAGCUCUGCGUUCAUAUCUCUAGCAGCACGUUUCCCUCUUAAGUCAACAUGCAUGAACACACCUUGCGACAGGGGAAAAAAUAAGAUAUUAGUGGAGGAACCAGAAGAGUUCACAAUGAAUACAAGUGGUGCCUUUGACUUGGGCACAAAUUUACAAUUAGUAUGCAAUCGGAGCCCAGUGGCAAUCCAUUCAACAAGAGAAAGUUGGAGGGAUGGCGAGAUUUCGGGGACAGAACGUGCAAACGUGUUCGAGCUGCAAACCCAGUGUUUAGAAGAAGAAGUUAUAUCAUCACAGGGAUCUUUCGACUGCUCAACAGUUGAUGGCUCUGGUGGAAUUAGAUCUUACUCGGGUUCGAACUCCGAAUCUGAAGAUCUGGGUGUAAGUCACAAGUCCGAAGGAGUUCACCGGUCUGCUUCAAGAACUUCCUUACCAGGAGAGAGGUUCAUGUUCCAGGACCUCAAUAAUCAAGCAAAUGGAAGCACUUCACAGAAUCAUGGAUCAGAGAGCGGAUACGAGGAACCAAACAAUAAAAGAUAUGCAAAUGGGUCUUCAGCAAAUACUCCCCCUUUCACUUUUGACAGUCGAAACACAUAUCUGGGCCACCUUCCAACCAGUCCCUGUCACUUGCAAAUGGCUGCAGAACUCCGAGUAAGGAAUUACGAUGUAUUUGGCGAGGAAAGCACUAGGUCGCUCUCAAAAGCAUCUACAUUCAGCGGGGAUAGAGAAGCAAAUGGUACUGCCAAACAGAGCAAACACCCACCAGAAAGUACAAGUAGGAGCACAGUCCAUGAGAAAGGGGUGCUGACCUCUGAACAGACACAAAUGAUGGGCCGCUACACUGCAGGCGACAAGAAUCAAUUGUAUCAACGGUGCUGUUCACAAACAGGAUCUCAGUCUGGUGUCACUUUGCAGAGCAUCUUGGAAAAUACAACGGUUGAGCCAAAUUCCAACGAUCUGUUUUCUUCAUCAACGAAGAUGUAUAAGGAGGAGACCAAUGCCAAACAGGCAAAACCGAAGGGAGCAAAGCCUCAGGUUGAGAAAAAGAUUGACUGGGAUCACUUAAGGAAAGAUGCGCAAGCUAAGGGUGCAAGGAGAGAAAGAAGCGGAGAUGCGAUGGACUCUUUGGACUAUGAGGCCAUGAGGCAAGCAAGCAUUAAGGAGAUCUCAGAAACAAUCAAAGAACGAGGGAUGAACAACAUGCUGGCAGAACGAAUUAAGGACUUCCUCAAUCGACUCGUUGAAGAACACGAAAGCAUCGAUCUUGAGUGGUUAAGAGAUGUCCCCCCUGAUAAAGCAAAAGACUAUCUGCUUAGCAUACGAGGGUUGGGGCUGAAAAGCGUGGAGUGCGUGAGGCUUUUAACACUACAUCAUCUUGCCUUUCCAGUUGAUACAAAUGUCGGACGCAUAGCAGUUCGGCUCGGAUGGGUCCCUCUCCAACCACUGCCUGAGUCUCUCCAAUUGCACCUCCUUGAACUGUACCCGGUUCUGGAGUCAAUUCAGAAAUAUCUAUGGCCAAGAUUGUGCAAGCUUGACCAAAGGACAUUGUAUGAACUCCAUUACCAGCUGAUUACAUUUGGAAAGGUUUUCUGCACUAAGAGUAAACCAAAUUGCAAUGCCUGUCCUAUGAGAGGCGAGUGCAGACACUUUGCAAGUGCUUUUGCAAGUGCAAGACUUGCCCUUCCAGGCCCAGAGGAUAAGAGUAUUGUCAGCUCAACUGUUCCUGUGGCUGAGAGCAGCAAUUCAGCGUGCAUUAAUCCAGUGCCGCUGCAUCCACUAGAAAACUACUCAGCCAAAGAAGGGAAAUCAGAAGGUGCUAACUCUCAGCCUAUCAUUGAAGAGCCCGCCUCUCCAGAACAAGAACGUGCUGUCCAAGAAAGUGAUAUUGAGGAUGGAUGGUAUGAGGACGACGACGAUGACGAUGAGAUCCCCACAAUCAAACUCAACAUGGAAGAGUUCACAGAAAAUCUGCAGAAUUUUAUACAGGACAAUAACAUGGAACUGCAGGAGGGUGAUAUGUCCAAGGCUCUAGUUGCUCUGAAUCCUGGAGUUGCUUCAAUCCCAACACGCAAACUGAAGAAUGUGAGCCGCCUACGGACAGAACACCAAGUGUAUGAACUUCCCGAUGAUCAUCCUCUUCUAGAAGGGAUGCAAAAGCGGGAACCAGACGAUCCAAGCCCUUAUCUUCUUGCUAUAUGGACACCAGGUGAAACAGCCAAUUCAGUUCACCCGCCUGAACAAAGAUGCCCAUUCCAAGAUACAGGAAAACUGUGUAAUGAGAAAACAUGCUUCUCAUGCAACAGCAUUAGAGAAGCCAACUCACAAACGGUCAGAGGGACACUGCUGAUACCUUGCAGAACAGCUAUGAAAGGAAGCUUUCCACUAAAUGGAACAUACUUCCAGGUUAAUGAGAUGUUUGCGGAUCAUGAUACCAGUGUCAACCCAAUUGACGUGCCAAGAAGUACAAUAUGGAAUUUGCGGAGAAGGACCGUCUACUUUGGAACAUCAGUGACAUCAAUAUUUAGAGGUAAAAAAGAAUCAUGCUGUCUCUACUUAUGGACAUGUUAUAAGUAUCUCUGCAAGUCUAGCAAAGGAGAUUACUCAUGGGAGUAUGGAAACUUUCUUCUUCUCCUUACUAGGCUUGACGACGGAAGAAAUUCAGUUCUGCUUUUGGAAAGGAUUUGUCUGCGUGAGAGGAUUUGAACGGGGAACAAGGGCUCCUCGACCGCUGGUAGCCAGGUUGCACUUUCCAGCGAGCAAGUUGGCCAAGACAAAAGGUGAAAACAAUGAUGGAAAGGGAUGACGGAACGAACUUCGACCGGGCCAAGUUUAACCAGAUGUGUGAGCCAAAUGAGAGGGAAAAGAGAUAUUGCUGACUGAUGCAGCCAAGCAAACAGAUAAAUGACUAACAGGUUUUCCAUUGUUCUUCCUCUAACACAGGGCCACAAGACAGACAGAAGUUUUCGAGUUUGAAUUCAGGUUCCUCCUCAAACAUGGAGACAGCAAUUCCAUAAGUCUUUGCGUGGCAGGGUAGAAAUCGAAAUUUUCAGGGUAUACAGAUGAGGUCAAAUAACAAAAGUGCAGAGGCAGUCUAGCAUGUACAGAACCUGAAAUUGUUGUUAUUUAUUCAUUCAUGCUCAGAAAGAAAAGAAAGAUGAGCCCAUUCUUCUUCAAGAAGCUGUCAAUUUGUGGAUGCAACAUGCAUGUAUUUUAGCAUGAGAAAAAAAAAAUGAUAAGGUUGCAAUUGCUGCUCUAC